ACGUGCUCCCGCUUCCUGCUGCUAUAUCGGUCUGUGACACAGCAUCGCAUCGUUUCCAUUCCCACGGUAAACCAUGCCCGUCCUCGAGGUCACCCAGCUCCGUCUAAGAGAGCUCUCAGCCGACGACCCGGCACUGCUUGAGAGCCUGUCGACCGUCCGAGCCGAACUACAGACCGGCUCCCACUUCUACAACUGCAUCGACGAUCCUGGCUUGAUCUAUAUUUUAGGCACAUGGCCAAGUCUCAAUGCUCAUAUAGACUUCCUUGCCUCACCUUCCAAAGAUCAUAUUCUCGGCCCCCAAGAAAAGAUGCUGCAGUUUUGUUGGACAGUUCAUGUGGAACUUGGUGGCGUGAACUUGCUUCCACUGGAUAUGCCUAUUUUAGUGAUUGAAAGAAUUAGUGUCUCAGAAGAAUCCACUCGGGGUUUCGACGAGGCAGUCCAGAGGCAUGCGCAGCAGCUUCAAGGUAGCCGUCCGUUUAAAUUAGCACACGGCUGGCGAUGUGAUGCUGCGCCAAACCACCACGAAGCUAUCAUCUUUAGUGGAUGGCAGACUCCACAAGCUCACAUCGCUUUUGCAGCCAAGGACAGUCAAGACGGACAGUACAAGACGCUGCAGAUGACGUGUGCCAGGAAUUUGGAGCGCGACGUAGUACACUAAAUAUGGCCCAAGCUAUUCUUCUUUCCCGCUCUUAGCCUUAAGCUUUUGCUCUUAGGAGAAACCAAAGACUCGCCUACAAGGC